GGGCGCUCAUCUCACUGAGCCGCUCGGUUCCAGGAGCCGAUCCGGGGCAGCGGGCGGAGAACACCGGGUCACGCCGCUCCCGGGUAGUGUGUCCGCCAGCCCGUCUGCCCGCGCUUCGCGGGCCCUGCCGGUCAGGAUCAGAUCAACCAUUGACUUGCCCUCUAACAUAGUCAGCUGAAGGCGACUUCAAGUUUCUUCAGGAUGCCUGCAGCACUUGUGGAGAACAGCCAGGUCAUCUGUGAAGUCUGGGCCAGCAAUCUAGAAGAAGAGAUGAGGAAGAUCCGAGAAAUCGUGCUCAGUUACAGUUAUAUUGCCAUGGACACAGAAUUUCCAGGUGUUGUGGUGCGACCCAUUGGUGAAUUUCGUAGUUCCAUAGAUUACCAGUAUCAGCUUUUACGGUGCAAUGUUGACCUUUUAAAAAUUAUCCAGCUGGGCCUUACAUUCACGAAUGAGAAGGGAGAAUAUCCUUCUGGAAUCAACACUUGGCAGUUCAACUUCAAAUUCAACCUUACAGAGGACAUGUACUCCCAGGAUUCCAUAGAUCUCCUUGCUAACUCAGGACUGCAGUUUCAGAAGCAUGAAGAGGAAGGGAUUGACACAUUGCACUUUGCAGAGCUGCUUAUGACAUCAGGGGUGGUUCUCUGUGACAAUGUCAAAUGGCUUUCAUUUCACAGUGGCUAUGAUUUUGGCUACAUGGUAAAGUUACUUACGGAUUCUCGUUUGCCAGAAGAGGAACAUGAAUUCUUUCACAUUCUGAACCUUUUCUUCCCAUCCAUUUAUGAUGUGAAAUACCUGAUGAAAAGUUGCAAAAAUCUUAAGGGAGGUCUUCAGGAAGUUGCUGAUCAGUUGGAUUUGCAGAGAAUUGGAAGGCAGCACCAGGCAGGCUCAGACUCACUGCUAACGGGAAUGGCAUUCUUCAGGAUGAAAGAGUUGUUUUUUGAGGACAGUAUUGAUGAUGCCAAGUACUGUGGGCGGCUCUAUGGCCUAGGCACGGGAGUGGCCCAGAAGCAGAAUGAGGAUGUGGACUCUGCCCAGGAGAAGAUGAGCAUCCUGGCGAUCAUCAACAACAUGCAGCAGUGAUGGCGGCGAGGCUCUGCGCGGCGGGCCUGGUCCCAGAGUGGUGCUUAGUGUGCUGACUGUGUAUACUUACCUUCCUCCCCAAGAGAAGACGCUUCUUUGAGCAAACCGUACCUACCAUCUGCGUUGACAGAAAGACUUGUUUUACUGAAGACAAAAGAUGUCUUUUAGAUCCAGAAGAAGGGAGUUUGCUCUGAAUUUGUAAACAAGUCUUCCCUAUUCCUCAUCCCUAAGCCUCUCUUCUCCAGUUGCCUCCUGCCACCAGCAUCCAUGGCUCCUUUGACACCUUCUAAAAUCCAGGACAAGUCAGAAACAAACUAGUAAAAUGUGUAUAACUCUUA